AUGUUGCUCGCUCUCCCUUCAAACAUCAAGUUCUUGCCCCCAUCCAAGCGAGACAGACCUGUUCGGGAACAAGAGCUCGAGGGAGCUGAGAUAAAAGCACACGCUGCCCGAAUUUCGCAUCAGAAAAGGAAAUGGGAAAAAUUGCAACAGCAGCUCCUCCAAAAAGAAGAGGUACAUGAAUAUAAUCCAUCUCGUGUGAAUAGUGGGCAACGGCCUAGCCAUCGAGUCCAACCAAAGUAUCACGAAAUCGUCUUCCUCCUGGAAGGAUCAUCCGACCCGUUCAAUGCGUGCCCGGUCAAAAUCACACCCGAAGUCAACCGGAUCAUCACAUACGCAAGGGAUGUCAUGCUUCCGAAUAUCUUCAGUCCCCCGUUUUUCCGACGACUGACGGUGGGCGGGCCCAAGACGGUCAACUACGAGAAUUCUAAUAGGGUCAUUGGAGGGUCCAGCUUCCUUCACAGCAUGAAGAGAUUCCGAGACAUGAACGAGGGUGCUGCUCUUGCAUGGCUGUGCGGUCAUAUCCCUAACAUAGUGCGACUCAAUUCGAGUCAAACCAUGCAGCAACUUACGACGGCGAGGCUGAAAAUGCGCGCCAAAAGUCUCAGACUGCUGCGCGAAGGCCUCACCGACCACAGACAAACCUCAGUCGAGUCGCUGACUGCACUAAGAUUACACAUUCGCUGUUUGUUCGAGACAGAGUGCAUGGCGGGGGAUACGCUGGCAGCCAAGGCACAUGUGGAUUUUCUUUUGCGUCUUCCCGAUCCUCUGACCGACGAGAUGGAGCGUGUUCAGCACACGCUGGUCAUGAUGUUUGAUGCCACCGAAUUGGCAUGCAAGAAGCUGGAGAGGACGGUUUUGCCCUUUGGAGAGUGGACUGCGAAAGCACACGCGAGACUAUGGGCACUUGCUUGUCCUUACCUCCCGAUCCCUCCGAUUGGUAUUCACAACGCGCAUCCGUGCGUGGACAUUCCCGACCACCGUGAAGCCAUGGUACGACUGAGAUAUUGCUUGUGGAUCGCCGAGUCUCCGUUGCCGUUCAAAACUUCUCAAGACCGGCUCAAGGCCGACAUGAUCUUUGCGUGGAUUGCGACCAAGACUUUUCACGAUCUGGGAAACCUGAUGAAUUUAUACGUGGAUAUAAUGGAGGAGAAGUUCAUCUUCCAGUCAGAAGGCCAACGGCUGACGCAGGCGUGUAUGGUUCUCACGCUGAUCUAUGAGAGCCGCAAACGGGUGCACGAAGCGACGAUAGAGGAUGGCGCCGAUAUACGCGAAGCUUCCUAUGUCAUUAUGCCUCGACUGGCGCGUGACAUGGCAACGGCGAUGGAGAUGCUCAGCCCGGCUGAGGUUGUCCACUAUCAAGAAGCAUACUUGUGGAUGCUGUAUGCUGGUGCCUUGUUUGAGCAACGCCAGAACAGCAAGACGCGCCGCGCCAAUCCCAAGGUCAAAAUCGAGACCACAGAGGAACCUUGGUUUAUAACGACGCUGGUCAAGCACGCGGAUCAGAUGCACAUCACAACUUGGGAACAAGCCAAAGCCGUCCUCGGGCGAUUUGUGUAUGAUCCGCACUUGGAGCCAGACGGACACGAGUGGUUCGAGGGAGCUUUGCGUGAACAAGAGCCCAUGAAGAGCGAAGACGACACCCAACAGCAAGAACAAGCAGAGACAGUUAUACGCUGA